AUGGGGGCCCUGAGGUAUGCAUUCAGACAGCGACCCUGCACUCACAAGGCCUCUCUGGGCCUGGGGUCCCUAAGAGAUGGGCAGUGGGGUAGGCGUUCAGUCCUAGGAGGCGUCCGGAGAAAGGAGGCCUGCAGUGGCCGAGGCUUCCCGUCCUCAGCCACUCUGGACCACUUUGGUCGAACCGCAGAGACCGUGUGGCACGGUCGGAGCUUCCGGGUUCGGCCUCGGCGCCUGCGCGUUCCCGUGUGCCCCCGCCUGCUGCCUGCGGGGCGGCCUGACAGGCCGGGGCGGGGCCAUGGACGGGGCCAUGGGCGGGACCAGCGCGCACGGCGCGGUGGCGCGGGCCUCCUGGAACGGUGGAGCCGGCGUCCGCGCUGGCCCGCCGAGGUUACAGUCCUUCCGGCGGGCCGCGUGGGGCCGCGCGGGCGGAGCCUCAUGGAGACUGAUCAGCAGGAGAACAGCGGAGACGGGGCGGCGGCGCCACCGGCCGAAGCGAGGGUACACUUUCGAGUGACUAGGUUCAUCAUGGAGGCAGGUGUCAAACUCGGACUGCAGUCCGUGCCCAUUGCCACGGCGUGUACCAUCUACCACAAGUUCUUCAGCGAGAUCGGCCCGGGCGCCUACGACCCCUACCUGAUCGCCAUGUCCGCCAUCUACCUGGCCGGCAAAGUGGAGGAGCAGCACCUACGCACGAGGGACAUCAUCAAUGUGUCCAACCGGUACUUUCACCCAAGCAGUGAGCCCCUGGAGCUGGAUGCCCGCUUCUGGGAGCUCCGAGACAGUAUUGUCCAGUGUGAACUGCUCAUGCUCCGGGUUUUGCGUUUCCAGGUCUCCUUCCAGCACCCACACAAGUACCUGCUCCACUACUUGAUCUCGCUCAAGAACUGGAUGAACCGUUACAGCUGGCAGCGGACACCCAUCUCUGUGACGGCCUGGGCCCUGCUUCGGGACAGCUACCAUGGCGGGCUCUGCCUCCGCUUCCAGGCACAACACAUGGCCGUGGCGGUGCUCCACCUGGCGCUGCAGCUCUAUGGCAUCGACGUGCCUGCCGACAGCGAGGCACAGAGGCCGUGGUGGCAGGUGUUUAGUGAGGACCUUACCAAGCCAGUCAUUGAUAACAUUGUGUCUGAUCUCAUUCAGAUUUAUACCAUGGACACAGAGAUCCCAUAA